AUGGGAGAGCAAUUGAGGGGUUCAAAAACAGCCAUUGAUUCCUCCAACAUUGGCUUUCAGCUCUUGAAGAAGCACGGGUGGAAAGAAGGAACUGGCCUUGGGAUUUCUGAGCAGGGGAGAUUGGAACCCGUAGAAACAUAUUUGAAGAAUAACAAGCGGGGCCUUGGAGCUGCUCAUCAUAAUAAACCACUCUUAAAGAAGAAUAACACGACUGAGUCUUCUUCUUCCAAGGACACAAACAACCAGGAUCGCUCCUCUUCGAAGAAGUCCAAGGCACCGUCUAAGAAGCUAAGGAAGAUGCAGGAGCUGGAAAAGCGUUUACAAGAGAAGGAGUUUGAGCGGGCUUUUUAUCGUGAAUUUUGGCCAGAUAAUGUUUGA